AAAUUCUGGCGGGAGCCGCCGCGACAGAAAUUUAUUAUGUAGGCGGGUCGGCGCCCGUUUUUCCGGGCACCAGGGCACCCACUGCCUGGCGCACUGCCGCCCCACUGGAGAGCAAUCCAUGAUGGCCAAGGACCUCACGCGGCCGAGGACAGCCUUCACCCAACGUCGCCUUCACGUUCAGCUCGCAUGGCGUCCGCAAUGGGCGCUGCGCUGCGCUGCAGGGCCUGCGCGCGGACGGCUUUGCGAUGCCAGACCCGAUUGGCGAGCACGCAGUCGUCCCGCCGGGCAGAGCUCGUCGACUGGUUCAACCGCUACCGCGGCGACGACCUCGCCCCCGUGUGCGGCUUUCUCGGCAAGCGCCGCAACGUAGGCAAGCGCUUGUCCUUUGCCGACCUCACCACGCCGUCGGGUGAGGUCGUCCAGGUCUGCUCCAGCGCCGACGCCGACGCGGCCGCCCACGAACGGUUCCGUCAGAUACCAGCCUUUUCCCCCGUCUCGCUCCACGUACGCGACCCCCCGCGGCCCGAGCCGCAGGUCAACGACGACAAGCGCACCGUCUACCUGCGCGACAUACGCGCCCUCAACAGCGUCCCCAAGGACCUCAUCGUCACGUCGGACGUCCAGUUCCCGCAGACGAAGCGUCAUUUGCAGAUACGCUUCCACCCCGAGCUGCAAGCGCGGCUGCGCUUCCGGUCUUGGCUCAAGGGCAUCCUGAACACGGCGCUGUUGGACAAGGGCUUCGUCGACGUCGAGACGCCGACGCUGUUCAAGUCGACGUCCGAGGGCGCCCGCGAGUUCCUCGUGCCGACGCGCCAGCGAGGGACGGCAUACGCGCUGAGCCAAAGCCCCCAGCAGUACAAGCAGGUCCUCAUGGCGAGCGGCAUCUCGCGCUACAUGCAAUGGGCGCGCUGCUACCGGGACGAGGACCUGCGCGCCGACCGGCAACCCGAGUUUUCGCAGCUCGACAUGGAGUGGGCGUUUGCGGGGGCGCGGCAGGUCAAGGACGACGUCACGGACAUGAUACUCCAAGCCCUCCGUGGGCUUCCGGCGCAAUGCUAUAGGGACAUUCGCGGCGAGAGGAUACCCGUACCGGGCGCGGGGGGCGAGCCGCCUCGGAACGAGCAGAGCCCGCCGCCCGUGCACCAGAUGAGGACGAUUACCUUUGCAGACAGCAUCGCUGCGUAUGGCGUCGACAAGCCGGACCUGCGGAUACCGAACCGCAUCCAUGCCAUUCCAGACCUGGAACCCGUCCGCAAUUUCGUCGGCAUGAUAACGCACCUUUCGGACCCCGUGGUCGAGGUUUUUACGUUGCCGCUGGACUGCUCCCCCGCAGAGUCACGCGCAUUCGUCACCAAGUUCAUGGACAGCCUGCCGCCUGCGCUGGGUGAGAACCCGGACGGCAAGCCGCAGAUUCUGAUACACGACUCGAGCCAGCCCCUGAGCGGCUUCUCGUCGCUCGGCUUCGAGUACCGCAGCGUCCUGGACGUCGCCGGCCCGGACAUCAAGGACGGCGACCUGGUCGUCUUCCAGGCGCGGGAGAAGCCGUCGGGACAGUACUGCCUCGGCUCGACGAAGCUGGGCGAGCUCCGCGGUAUGCUCUGGAGGGCGCUCGUCGACGAGGGCCACAUGGAGAGGCCCCGGCUCGGCGACCCGGGCUCGCUGCAGUUUGUGUGGGUGACCGAGUUCCCCAUGUUCAAGCCGGUCGAGGAGGGCGAGCCGGGGCAGGGGACCGCCGGCAUCUCGGCGUCGCACCACCCGUUCACCGCGCCGCUGUCGGCCGCGGACCUCGACCUGCUCUUCACGGACCCGCUGCAGGCCAAGAGCGCCGCCUACGACCUGGUGCUCAACGGCGUGGAGAUUGGAGGCGGCAGCGAGCGCAACCACGUUCCCGAGGUGCAGGAGUUUAUCAUGCGCGACGUGCUGCGCAUGACGGACGAGCGCGUUGCCGAUUUCCAGCACCUGUUCGAGGCGCUGCGGUCUGGGUGCCCGCCGCACGCGGGGUUCGCGCUGGGCUUCGACCGGCUGGUGGCCCUCAUGACCGACACGCCGACGGUGCGGGACGUCAUGGCGUUUCCCAAGACGAUGAAGGGCGAAGACCCGUUUGUGCGGUCGCCGAGCAAGCUGCGGGACGAGCAAUUGGCGCCCUACGGGCUAUGCUUGAAGACGUAGAUGAUCUGUAUGUGUAAUGUAGGAUACGCUGGAUGCGGCAUCUACGAAGGAUGGCAAUACCUGUACGUAUACUGUACGAAGUACCUACACUGUAGCUAGAAGUGGAGUGGAAAUAGUAGCGGAUUAGCGCCCGUCA